AUGCAUUACCAAACCCAAAGAAAUAUUUCUCCCAAAUCUUUCAAGACAUCUUGUGUGAUAAAGGUUGUAAUAUCAGAUCCUACUGAUAAUAUAUCUAUCAUAACGUAUGACUGGAUUUUGAUCACUACAGAAAUCAGAUGUCUUUAUAUUCCACUUCCCAAGCAUGAUAAUGGUUGCAAAUUAAGAAAAAUAGGACAAUGUUGCUCCACCAAUUUCCUAAAACUCUUUAUGAGACAAAGAAAUAAGUGUCAGGGUCUUGUUGUGCGGGGGCGUGGGUUCCCAUGGAAACUUAGUUGUGACCGCAUCCGACAAAGACCAAGGUCCGGGCUACUUAAUGCAGCCGUGCACUCGUGGCUGGGUUUGAGGGCCAGGCCUGGCCUGCAAGUUAAUCCAGAAACAAUUCAAUUGCCUUGUUUGUAA